ACCCUAUCAUUGAUGAUGAAUCUAGACCUUUGAUCUUAAAUUCUGUUAGCUUCGGAUUCUUUGUGCCUGCAUUCAUAGAACUGCCCUUUUCAGUUCUGUACCAAACAACCCCGUAAUCAUUAUCAACCACCGAUGGCUGUCUACCACGCCACACCACACCAGUCAUAUUGAUCCACAGUUGACUUUGUAAUUUCCAAUAUUUGUGAGAAAUCAAUUGCGAAGAUAUUGAUGAGAGAGAAACCAUGGGAGCUGAUGUGCCGAUUUCAAUUUUAUUAGAGAAAUUAAACAAGUUGAAAGAGGUUGUCCAGGAAAGAUUUAUCUAUCCAAGACUGAGAAAUCAUGUACAUGAUGCCAUCAACGAACUACAACGCAUUCGGAAGGAACUUGAAGAAGCAGGGGAUACCAGUACCCUUCUUCGCUCUGUUUACUCUUCAGAUGAUACCAGUACCCUUCUUCGCUCUGUUUACUCUGCUGAAUUGUUGAUCGAAACUUUCCUCCUCAACACACCAAUUCAUUGCCGACGGGAUGAUCUCAAAAAUCUUACCCAAAACCCGCCAUUAAUGGCAUUUCUUCCAAUUCCACCAUGGACCCAAUUACGGUUCAGCUCCAAAUUGAAAAAUUUCGUGAAGAGCUUAAAAGCUGUACAUAGUGAAUCGCGGCCUCGCAGAGACCAUUCGGCAAUCAAUCACAAAACACAUGAAUUUGAAGAUGAUGAUGAUGAUGAACUUGUUGGAUUUGGAGAUGUGGCAGAGAAGAAUCUGGUAGAUCGACUGAUCAACGACGACGAGAAAAGCCUCCGCGUGAUUUCUCUGGUCAGCGAAAAGGCUGUGGGCAAGACAGCUCUGGCAAGGAAGGUUUAUAACAGACUCGACGUUCGGCAGUCUUUCGAGUGCCGUGUUUGGCUCCAUGUUCCAAAAAAUAUUAAAUGCAAGGAUCUGUUGAUUGUCUUACUCAAACAGAUUCCGAUGGGGGUGUUGAAGGGGGUAGAAUUCAUGAGCGAGGGCGAGCUGUCUGCUCUGCUUUUCCAGACUUUAAUGGAGCUCAGGUUUCUAAUAGUCUUGGAUGAUGUCUCCUCGUUUGAUGUCUGGCUCAUGUUAGCAUGUCCCUUUGCAGACGCCGCCAAUGGUAGCAGAAUCAUCCUCACUACUCGCGACUCUAAGAUAGCCUCGGAUGUUGAUCCGUGGAGUCGCCCACCGCUGGAACUCAAGGCCUUCACUGAUGAGCUGAGUUGGGAAUUGUUCUCGAACAAGUUUCGUGUAGGCAGACAUGACACAGAUACACACCACCAGUUAAACAGUAACAAGGUAAAAAUUCUGAAAAUAUGCAGCGGUUUGCCUCCAGCAAUUGUCCUGCUUGGACGAUUGUUGUCAACUAUACAAUCUAAUGAGUUGGUCUGUGUAAUUGAUAGUCUUUUAAUCGACUUGGACAAACUUGAUCAAUCACCUCUCUCAAAUAUUAUAGCUUUAUGUUUUCGUGAGCUACGGUCUGAGUUGAAGCUAUGUUUUCUUUACUUGGCUCUCUUUCCUAAAGAGUAUGAGAUCUCCGUGCGGAGGCUGUUGCAGUUGUGGAUUGCAGAGGGUUUUGUGAAAAUGUCAAGUACCCAACAACCUGAAGAUAUAGCCGGUAAAUAUUUGAAAGAACUCGUGCACAGAAACAUGAUUGAAAUAGCAACAAGGAAGGAAGACGGAAGGCAUAAAACAUGCCGAAUGCCAAGCUUUCUUCAUGAUUUCUUCUUUCAAAAAUCUGAGGUUAUAGGAUUUAUUCACGCCCACCAUUGCAGAGCGAAUUGUACGCCGAUAGAUUCACCUGCUCAGCUUAGAACAGAUUCACUGGCUGAUCAGCCUAAUACAGAUUCAUCUGCUCAGAAUAAUAUAGAUUUACCUGCUCAGCCUAAUAAUGUUUGUUUAUCAGAUGUUUGUUUUAAAGCCCAAACGAGAGGUACAUCCAACGAAAAAAUCAAUGAGUUGCUUAAAACAAUUAUCGAUAGGAGGAGAUCUAGAGGUUUUGUGUUGACGAAGGUGCUUGAUCUAGAAGGUGCCCACAAACCUUUGCUACACGCGAAACUUGGCAAGUUUUUGAGCAACUUAAGGUACAUAAGCUUGCGAUGGACGGGUAUAGACUCAUGUCCGAAGUCUAUUGGCGAUCUACCGUGCCUGGAGACUUUAGAUUUGAAGUAUACUAACAUAACCAAUCUGUCGAGUUCCAUUUGGAAGGCGAAGAACCUUCGACAUCUGCUUAUGAACGAGGUGUCCAUUCUGAAGCCAUCAUCGUCAAAACAGUCUUCAACUUCAAUGUCCAACAUUCAGACCUUAACAGGCCUUCGUAUCGGUUUUGAGGACCCCAAAGAAUACGGCUUGAACAGGUUCACCAGCCUUCGGAAAUUGGGACUGACUUGCCAUUCAAGAUCAUCCGUGGAGAAAACAUGGGAUUGCAUCUCACAACUUAACAAACUUCAAACUUUCAAGCUCAGAUCAAGGGAUCAUCAAUUCGGUCAGCCUUCAGAGCUCGUGAUUCCUGACAAUCUGACAACCCAUCCGUCUCUCUCAAACUUAUAUUUGUUCGGAGUGUUCAACUUCAAAGUUGGAAACCUUCCCAAAAACCUCAAAACCCUGACACUGUCAAUGUCGAAAAUCAAAGAUCCAAUGCCGGAGCUAGGGGAGUGUCUGCCUCAGCUGAACAUACUCAGGCUUUUUGCUGAAUCUUGUGUAGGGGAGAAAAUGAAUUGUCUUGCUGGGGGAUUUCCCAAACUUCGUGUGUUGAAAUUGUGGAUGUUAGAAACCCUCAAGGAGUGGAUCGUUGAGGAAGGUGCUAUGCCCGAACUUGAAGAAUUAGAAAUUAGAGGUUGUCAAAAACUGGAAAAGUCACAAGGACUGGAGCGGCUGAGUCACCUCAAGGAAUUGACGUUAACAAACAUGAAGUGGGAAUUUGUAGAAGAUGUUAAACGAAAUCUGGCGUCCGUGGGCAGAUCGCGCAUACUACUCACCAACAAGUUCAAGUCUUCAACCACUCUUGCAUAUGAUCAAGCGCGUGACCAGGCUCAGUGAUAAUUGCUUGGAGAUCAGUUUUGUCAGCCAACCGCCACGCCUCCCGAUAAGGUUCUCAAGUUAAAGUGUGGUCGUGAUUCUACAAACAAGUUUUAAGUUUUUGUUUUCUUCUAUUUGUCUGAACAGUUUUGUAUACUCUAUAUUUAGGGCUAAGUCCCUUUGACUGUAUCUGUGUUGGUGACGUAAAACUAACUUAACUAUGACGUCACAUAUGUGUAUUAUGCUUUAAAUUUUAUGUCCCAUGUAUGUCUGCACUAUGGACAUUGCAUUUGAUAUUUGCUUCCGCCAGACCCUCUAAUUUUGUUUAA